AUGGAUGAAGAAGACAUCUACACAGUUUACGAAGCUGUAGACAUCUUGAAAUGGGAUGUUUCCAAGAUGGGAAAGAAAGUGAGACUUUGAAG